UCUUCUAGGUCCCUGAGAUGGAGGAGAUGACAAUAUGGGAGCAGUAUACUAUUACACUGAACCGAGACCCUCGAAGAGGCUUUGGUAUUGCUAUCGCUGGAGGCAGAGACCGCCCAAGUAGCAAAGAUGGUGAUCAGUCAAUCAUUGUUUCAGACAUUGUUCCUGGGGGACCUGCUGAUAAUAGAUUACAGACAAGGGAUCACAUUGUAAUGGUGAAUGGGGUUUCAAUGGAGAAUGUGACCUCAUCAUUUGCAAUUCACACUCUGAAGUCAUGUUUGAAAACUGCCAAUGUGACUGUGAAACGUCCUCGAAAAAUCCAACUUCCUGGGAGCAACUCUGUACCCCCCGUUUCCACAGGCCUUUCUCACGGCUCUAGGGCAUCACACACAUCAGAGCUUAUGUAUUCAAACUCUCUUGACAAAGAAGGAAGAGAAGAAGCAGAUUCUUCUGUAGCCUGGAGAGAGAGAUAUGGAAGUUUCAGCAGGGAGCCACAUGAGGAUACAGCAAGAGGCUAUGAAGGGGAUUCUUCCAGUGGACGUAGCUCAGGGGGAUCUACUCAUCGUUCCUCUUACCACUCAAGACAGCACAGGUUGAAAGGUGUUGGAAGUGGAGCAGGAAAUUAUUCAAGGAAGAGGGCUGGCAACAAGAAGAAACAAAGCUCUGACAGGGAGUCCGUUGGCUCAAACAGAUGGAGAGAAACUGGUAGUGGCAGGGGGUACUCUGGAAGUGAUGCUGGAGACUAUUCAAGAACAGACUUGGGAAGUGAUAUUGUGGAACAGCCCUAUAGUGGGCUUGAACUUGUGUCUGGUUUCAAGCGACUGCCUGUUCAGGAUGUACCCUCUAAACCUGUUAAGACCAUAUUAGUGAAACAGACAGAAUCCCAAGAAUAUGGUUUGAAGCUUGGUAGUCAAAUCUUCAUUAAACAUAUCACAGACACAGGGCUGGCUGCUCAGGAAAAAUCACUACAGGAGGGAGAUCUCAUUCUUAAGAUCAAUGGAGUUGCAAGUGAAAAUAUGUCAUUGGCUGACACUCGCCGGCUUAUUGAGAAGUCAAAAGGAAAACUUACACUCACUGUUUUGAGGGAUAAUCGCCAAUUUCUGGUUAAUAUUCCUCAAGUAAAUGACAGCGAUAGCGAGGACAGGAACUCUGUUCAGGAUGAUAUUUCUGAGUUAAGUUCGGAUCAUUCACCACCUCCUUCUCAGCCUCCUCCUCCUCCGCCUGCUGGACAAAUUUCCUGGCAGAAUUCCUUAAAUAGCUUGGAAAGCCCAGUUCAUGAAUUUAAUGGAACACACUCCUUACAGAGCGAUGAUGUACAGAACAAAAAUUAUCCCAGGGUAUCUCCACAACUGCACAGUGAAUACAGGGAAGAGCCUGAGCAAGCCAGUGACAAGCAGAAAGAUGAUCUACGAGUGGGUUAUAGCCCAGAUGCACGCUUAAUACAGUUCACAAAAGGGAAAAGCAUUGGACUGCGCCUUGCAGGAGGAAAUGAUGUGGGAAUAUUUGUUGCUGCUGUUCAAGAAGGGAGCCCUGCAGCAAUCGAGGGGAUGAAGGAAGGUGACCAGAUCCUACAGGUGGCUGCAAUAUAAA